CACACCGAAGGAGAAAAACAAUGGCGACCUCCACGACGGAAGACAGCGUGAGUGAAGCACAAACAGGAAAAAAGUCGAAAAAGACGAAAAACCAAGUGGAUGAAUCUGAACUCCUGACUGUUCCUGAUGGAUGGAAAGAGCCAGCUUUCACCAAAGAAGACAACCCCCGUGGUCUGCUGGAGGAGAGCAGCUUCGCCACCCUCUUCCCAAAAUACAGAGAAGCCUACCUGAAAGAGUGUUGGCCGCUUGUGGAGAAGGCUUUAGGAGAAGCACAUGUCAAAGCCACUCUGGACUUGAUAGAGGGAAGCAUCACAGUUUCUACCACUAAGAAAACUUAUGACCCUUACGCCAUAGUGAGAGCCAGAGAUCUCAUCAAGCUGCUGGCCCGGAGUGUCCCAUUCGAACAGGCUGUACGGAUAUUACAGGAUGACAUGGCAUGUGACAUCAUCAAAAUCGGAACCCUGGUGAGGAACAGAGAGCGGUUUGUAAAACGAAGACAGCGUCUAAUUGGCCCCAAGGGCUCCACCCUAAAAGCAUUAGAGUUGCUGACCAACUGCUAUGUGAUGGUGCAGGGUAACACGGUGUCGGCCCUGGGGCCCUAUAAUGGCCUGAAGGAGGUACGCAAAGUGGUGAUGGACACGAUGAAGAACAUUCACCCCAUCUACAACAUCAAGACACUGAUGAUCAAACGGGAGCUGUCCAAAGACCCUGAGCUGCGGAUGCAGAACUGGGAGCGCUUCCUGCCCAAGUUCCGCCACAAGAACCUGGCCAAGCGCAGGGAGCCUAAGAAGAAGAGCGUGAAGAAGGAGUACACACCAUUCCCUCCAUCACAGCCAGAGAGCACGGUUGACAAGGAGCUGGCCACAGGAGAAUUCUUCCUGCGUGAAAGUGUGAAAAAGAGGAAGAAGAUGGAAGAGAUCAAGGUGAAACAAGCAGAAGCACUGACCAAGAAGCAGGAAGAGCGGAACAAAGCUUUCAUUCCUCCUAAAGAAAAGCCUUUAAUGAAGAAAACCACCAAAGCUCCCACAGAAGGCAAGCUGGACAUCGAAACCAUUAAAGAGAAAGUGAAAAAAGCCAAAACCAAGAAGCUGGGGGCUCCACCAGUAAACCCAGCUCCGCCCACCAGCACCACCGACAAAAAAAAAAAGAGUAAAACAAAAAACAAAGGCUAAUCACAGAUUAACACCAUCACAGUUGUGAUGUGUACCAUGUAAUAUGGUAUUCGUCGGGCAGUUGGGCAGUUCGAGCAAGAUCAAGGACUUUGUAAGGACACUGGAACAUGGGAUGUCGGACAUAUAGUGUGUGCUUGGAUCAAAAUGAAUUCCAUCACAAACUGUCCUGGAUGUUUUUAUUGAACUACUUUUGCUGUGAGGAUUUCCUGUUGAUAUUACCUGAGUAUAAUUUUCUGUCUGGAGACCAAUUCUCACUCAAGGUAGAUGAACCUAUUGUCCAGAUUUUGUAUGGUCAGUAUUUAUAGGUUUCAGAAUAGGUGUGUACAGGAGGAGGCAGACUCAAUCAAAUGGAAAUGUAAAAUUAAAGAAACAUUUUUAUAACUUAGAUCUAUUAUUUGCAAGUUUUCCGUAAUUCCUUUUGUCCUUUUUAAUCAUUACAGAUGUAUUAUCCUUGCCAGACAUUAGCCUGGAAGGGAUCAUGAGUCUGGUUGUGCAUGGAUCUGUGUAUGUGUGUGUACGCAGUUAAUCUUGCAUACUACUGGACCAAUCAGCCUAAUAUUUUGUUUGCACAUGCAUGACUGUGUGCUCAAGAACCUCCCUGGGUUGUGGUGAUUCACAGUUGUUGAAAAGCCUGUUUUACUGACUGUUGUAUACCAUCAUGAACUGCUGACUCCUCCUAACUGGCCAUUAGGGGUCACAAGUAUUCCACAAAUCAUCUCUGCUUAAAACAAGAAGCCUUACCGUCUGUUGCAGGCCACAUUUUGGCCUUUGUUGUGGCUCAAAAACUGACAUCCAUAGAGAAGCCUGGUCUUAUUUUGAGCUGGAGUUUUGAAACCUUUGCCACUAUCUUGAUUGUAAGAGGUUUGAGGGACAAUUCCAAGAGGAGUUGGGCCAUAUUCUAGCUGCCAUGGCUACCAGCAGGUUUUGUUCUGGUUGCUGCACAGCGUCAUACCACACUAGGAGCGUUUCAGAAGGGGUGCGUUUUCCCUUCCCAGUUUAGUUAAUUUGGUCAUUAUUUCUGUGUACUUCUACCAUAAGUGAGUAGGCUGUGUAGUUAAGAGAUUUCUUGUUUUUUUUGGAUUGUCUGUUUUGGUUGUUAAUUGUUAUUUCCUACUUUGUUGUGUCGUAGCCUACAGACAAAAGUUAAUGUAGUUAAAAAGUUCAGUUAUGAACGACAUGGAUCUGAAAUUUGUGGCUGUUUUAAUUGAUAAGAUAUAUUCAUCCUCAUAAUUACAUCAUAUCUUUAUUUCACAUACAGUGCUUGUUGGCAGGAGAACGUGAUCUGCUUGGCAACACAUUGCCCAGAAGUCACAAAUAGGCGAGGUGCGUAUUUUUAGUAGUUUCUGGGAUGGGCUGCAGUGUCUGCUGGAAUUUCAUGAAAUGUCUGGCUGUGAUCAGCUUGGGCAGCCACCUGCGGAAAUCUGCUCUCUACUGAGUGCACUUUUCUUGUUUCUUUACUUUUCUUUUGUGUAUUUACUCAUCCAUACAGAAAGCAAAUGAUUGCCAUUCAUUUGGUGUCUUAUUUGUAUACACCAUCAAGUCCAAUAUUCACUUGUUUUAGCUCCUUUUUGGUGCUUCACCAGCUCUUGAUGGAAAUAUCUGACGUGUUCGCUGCUAAACUGCGUUCACCAGCUAGACGCUAACUCUGUCUGAUGUUUGGUGCUGUGCAGGUAGUUUACACUGAGUGUGUCAAAGUUGCCUGUGGUGAGCAGUGGCAGUGAACCAAGUGCCCUGCAGACUGAGUUAGGUGAUAAGCCUGUGGGUUCAUCUACUACUUUUACAUUUCACGGGUUCAUCUACUACUUUUACAUUUCACACAGUCCUUUGACCUAUUUGUUAAGAUACAAAUAUGAAUAACUGCAUCUUUAACCUAAUGUAACUGUGGGUCAGGGGUGUCAAAAGUACUGCCUGUGGGCUGGUUCUCAUGCAGCCCUUUGGAUGACUGUAUGAAAGAGAUGAUCGUACCCAGGAUAUUCUUGUCCACCAAUUUCAUCAGCCAACCAUAUUCUGCCAUACUAUCCUUACAGACCUUUCUUUGACACUUCAGCCACCUCACUAAGAUUGAAACUAAAAACCAGCACAAAAAUGACAGUUACCAACAUAAGCCAGCAUGUUCUGAACUGAUGCACAAAUAUAUAGACAGGCAUGAUGGGAAAUGAGGGCGGUCCCAUCAUUACUAGACUCUCAGCACCACAGCUGAGACGGUGGAGCAGAGUCAAGCGAUGUGCUCACAGUUACUGUUGCAACUUCUGAAAUACAUAACCAGAAAAUUAAUAAACACAUUCAAUUUCAUUAAAAAUCUUUUACAAUUCUGCUGCUGGCAGCUGUCAUGUCACUCAUGCUUAUCAUAUCUGUUUGCAAUGUGUUACAUUGAAUAAUGCCUUCAAAUGACCCAGAUAUAGCUGAUGGGGGAGUUAGCAAUAGACUUAGCAAAGUUAGUGGAAGGAUGUGUGGCUAUGUUCUGUUUUCAAAGUAAGGUGUUAUAAAAUACAUGCAACAUUAUGGAAAUACAAUUAAUUGGAUUAUAUUCAGAAGAAGUGUAAAAUCAAUUACCAGUGUCCCUUAUACAUUAAAAGUAAAAACCA